AUGUCGGUGGCCGGGUUUUUUCGGCCCAUGCGCCGAGGGCUUGUAUGGUGGCUUUAUGAGCAGAAUGGCACGAGUUCCAGGCUAAACAAAUCCGUCCGCAUAGGCAUUGCGUCUGGCUUUUCCAUCGGGGGAAUAAUGCUUUAUUUGUUUCUGACGAGAGAUGACACCGGAGAUGUGUCUUUUGCGUCACAAACAUUAUUUAAUCUGCAGGCAAGCGAAAAGGCACAAAAAUUACUAGGAUCUCCAGCUAAAAUGAAGAUACGGGCAGGCUCGUAUGUUGGACACUCAAGCAUGUUCUUUGGCGACGGAAGUACUCGCAUCAAAAUCAUCGUCGAUGGGGAGCAAAAAUCGGCUCUUGUUGAAGCCAUGGCGAACAGAAAGGGGUUCUAUUGGGCGACACAGCUUCUCAAGGCCAUCCCGAUUGUUCCCGAUUCUUGCGUGAACGCCAAUGCACCCCUAUAUUGCCUUGACGAGCAUGAAGAAAUCAUCAUUGUAAACGAAAUUGGCAUGCAAUAA